AUGAAAGCGUACUUAGAAAGAGCUAGGGAACACAACCAGUUUAUGGCCAAACAACAACACCAAUAUGAAAUUGGUAAGCGGCAUUUGGCUAAUAUGAUGGGUGAGAAUCCUGAAACUUUUACACAAAAAGAUAUUGAUGAGGCUAUAGAGUACCUAUUUCCAAGUGGCUUGUAUGAUAAAAAAGCUAGACCUCUUAUGAAACCUCCAGAAGAAGUAUUUCCUCAGAGAAAAGCGGCUGAAUUUGAUGAAACUGAUGCAAUGAUUAGAAAAGGACUUCAACCUGAUCCAAACAUGGCUUUAGACAUUUCUGGUUAUCAGUGGAUAGAUAAAAGAGCACUAGAAGUUCAGGUUGUGGAAACUUUGUCAGAUAGAGAUUAUAAUAGUUUUAUAAAUGCUUUGGAAAGAUUAAGCCAACUUCCCUAUUCUUACAGGGAAAAGGAAUUUAUUUUUCAAUUCAAUAAACCCCUUAUGAGCCACACAAAAACAUACGAUGCUAUAAAACCACAUAUAGAUCAGGAUGGAAAUCAAAUUGUAACAGUAUAUGAAUGUUUGAGAAAGUCAGCUAGGGGAACUGUUACGCUGAAAGUUCCAGGUACUGGAAAGAUCACUAUAAAUGGUGAGAAUAUAACUUAUUUCAAAGAUAUGCAAUCUAGGGACCAGAAUAAAGAUUUAAGUCACAAAUGGUUUUGA